AUGACACCGAAACGACGACCGCUGCCGUGUCUGGCAGUUGUACUGCUUGUCUGGGCUAAUCUAAAUUCGACGGGCGCUUCGCCUGCGGCCUCGGCCCCGUCAUCGGCGUCGUUCUCAACGACGUCAUUUCCGAAGAGAACCCCAGCACCAAGUGGUGUGAUAAUCGACGAGGCAGGCGCAAGGAGGCACUCGGCCGGUCAGACGGAGGUGCGCGAAAAAACACGGCCCCGCGAGCCGCCCGGCUCACCGGUCAAGCUCUUCAUGCCCGACGAGUUCCAGUUUUACACGCUCAACGCCAAUGGCCAGCUCGUGAUGAAGCAGAUGACCAAGCAGGAAAUCCAGGGCAUGAUAGCAGUCGGCGCUGGCAACGCCGGCCUGUCCGACGAUCACAGCUACCACCCGAGCCAGCUGCCCGGCACCGAGCCCAAGGUUUCCGAUGUCGUGCAGAAUGUUCAGAAGGUUCUAAAACAUGAACUUAACAAGCCAACUCAAGCUCCUGCCUCGGAAUCAUCAAUACCGGGCAGUGUCAACAGCCAAUGGACCAACAUGCUCGCGUACAUCUUGUCAGGUGGUUCGGUGGACCAGCAGCACGUAGCUCAAGACACCAACAUGGUGUUGCCCGCGCUAGAUGCCGAUCAGACUUACGUCGACGUGAUACCGUUGCACAACGAAAAACCCUCGGAAACGGAGAACAACUACAUCUCCAUGCAAUCUGCUCUGAACGAGGAACAAGAAAUCAAACUGAUCACACCCAAACCGUCGACAAGUUUUACAAGCGGAAAGCCGUUAUCGCUCUUGGGAAACAUGGCUUUGGACAACGGCAUAUUGGGAGGACAAGAAAUCCAUUCUCCGCCAACAAAGGCCAAACCAUACCGACCUACGACUACGCAUACGUACCACAAGUACACGACUGCCAAACCAAUUGUACCAUCCAGUGUGAAGGAUAACGCUUUUAAUUUGAAAAACUCUUCGGCGAACAAGCCAACGCUUUACAUACCUUUGUCGGUGUCUCCGUCCCUUUUAGCCGAUACGCAGAACAAAGGCAAUUACGGACAAUCGAGUAAUUCCGACGUCGCUCGACCGAGUAAUCAAGAAAAGAAUACCACCACUUCGCACAAGAUUACCGGCCCUCCGAAAAAACCAACGACUUACGUUUACUCGGAUCAGCCGGGUUUCACGAGGCUGCCGAUGAUCCAAGUCCCGGUCAUCGAAGCUGAUAAACUGAGCACCUCGACUCAACGCACGAACCAACACCAAACUCCCAUGUUCGAGAUAUUGCCAACUAUUUCGCCAGGAUCCGUAACUAGUUCCGCAACCACGACGAAAGAAGCAUCGCAUCCGUCGAAACUCAACUUGGGACCCAUUGGUGGCUUCAAGAAGCCUGAAAUGACUCCCAAGCCGUCGACGCAAUUCCGUCCACAGUACGAACCAAUAACCAGAUCAUCGACCGCUGCAUCCUCGCCCACGUAUAGACCUGUCUACGAGCCACCAACUAGACCCGGCGCCACGAAAACUCCCACGUCUACGAAUGGACCAACGACGAAACCAGGUGUCAUCGAUUCUGUGUCUUCCACCAUGUACCGCCCAUCACACGAGACCAAACCAAGUUCCGUAGCUUUUAAGCCAACGUCUUCCUUCCACUCGACGUACGAAUCUUCGACCUUGCCAGGCGACAGAUUCAAAGUGACGCAAGAUCCAAGCCCUACGUAUUACACGACUGGAAAAGCUUCCACGGUGUCUGAUCUCGAGACGAAGUUCAUCAGCACCCCAAGUGGGUUAAAAGUGACGGAGUAUCCUGAAAAGGUGUAUCAAGCGACGAAGGAAGAAUCGCCUCCAGUGAUUGAAAUUGUGACGAAAGUAAGCGUUGAAAGCAGUGUGUCCGAAGUGAUAAAUUCAUCCAACGGUGUGCGAAAAUCGACUGUUAAGAACAAGGGAAAUGCAAAUUCGGUUGACGCCAUUGAAAAAGAGCCUGAUUCCGAGACAACGAAUAAAACUAAAAAUGGUCAACCUUCGUUUAAUAAUAGUACUUCAGUUGUCGAAAGUGAAACCUCAACUGUGUUAAAUACGAUAGAUAAUGAUGAUAAAAUUAUAACAAUCGCGUACACAGGUUUGCCAUCGAAACUACCGGAAAAAAUAUUCGACUCGACUGACAAAAAAACUAGCAAUGGUUACGAUACAACGGCACCCAGUAGAAACGAUGAAGAAAGUGAAACGCCCACCUUGUUGUAUUAUAAUACGGAAAAAACGGUUGCGACUGACUCAAAUGUAUCGGAUGAGCAAUUGCUCUUGAAAACCGAAAGUUACGUACUGGAUGAAGACUCGUCGACGCGUCCAACUUUGGCAGUACAACCUCAAGAUUCGAAACCAGAGAACACCGACUAUCACACCGUACUACAAGAAGUCACAACAAAAGAACCGGAAAUCAUGUUUAAACAAACAGACAGCGUACCGGCCGAAACAACGGAAACAAUUGUUCCAAGCUUUGAUGCGAGUUCACAAAAAUCUCCCGUUACCAUUGAUAAACAUGAAGAAACCGAAACUACGAAAUACGUACAAAUUAAUCAAAAGGACGGUACAGAUGCACCAUUCGAAGCGACGACAAAACAAUUUGUUCCACUGGAUGGGAGCACUACUGAUUAUAGUACGUUAAAUUAUGAGUCGAGUGACGUGAAAAUCUUUGAGAAAAAACCAUCUUCCAUCGUAACGGAAGACACAAGUAACUAUAAACAAGAAACAACUGUCAAGCCUCUUAAAGAUAGCACUACUUAUAAACUCGGUGAUGAGGAUUCGACGAAAAUGUACGAUUUACCCAUUGACACGAUCGUUAAUUAUUUGACUGAUCAGUUAAACGAUAAAAAACCGGGAAUUCUGAUUUCCGGAAGUAAUAAGAUUUUCGCAAAUCAAGAAAAUUCACCGACGCAAGGGCCGUUAGAGAAAGAAAAUACAGCGCAAAAAGAUACAAUUGCCGAUAGCGAUGAUAAUUAUCAAUCUACAAAAGUUGUGACAGAAAAUUCAGAUGAGUUCAAAAAACAACAUUCUACCACUUCAAUGGUAGAACAAGAUGACCCUUUGAAAAUAAAUUCAACGAAAGAAAAUGAGGUUACGCCGUUUUACGAAAAAAUGGAAACCAUUACGCAAGACAGUUUUUCGAUUGAAAACAAAUUUGAAGAAAGCACUUUAUCAACAAAAGAAAAUGAAAAAGGGACUUUGGAAGAAGAAGAAGAAAUUUCAACGGUGAAAGUUAUUCCCGUUUACGAUGACGGGACGAUAAUGUAUACCUUACCCUCAGACGUUCCGAGCAAAACAACUUUAAAUCUAGCACCUGCCACUAAACCUGUUCAAUCUAAUGAUGGACCUAUCACUGUUUCCUCAUCCAGUUAUUCGCCCGACAGUAAUUUCCCUACCACAUAUUUACCAGAACUGCAAGAAGCUUUGAACAAUUAUAUGAAAGAACAUUACGAUCCAAAAUAUUCCACAACAAGUAAAUACGACGACAUUCCAUACUUCACCACCAUUGUCAACGAAGAUUCGUUAGAUUAUAAAAAAAAGUUACCAACUACACCUACGAUAAUUUCAGACCACUCAACAACUACCGAAUACCAGAAAAUUUCUCAAAAACCACAAAUCCCUACAUUCUCAGCUGUAACGCACAAUGAACAAAAUACAGAAUCAUCCAUUUUAUCUUCAACGCCAGUAAGCAAAAUAUCCGAAGGUGUUAUUUUAAAAGAAAAUUCAGCUACAGAACAAAAGACAAUAAUAGAUAAUUCGGUAGGUAAUAAAAGUAACAUCGAAACACCAAUUAUUUACUUGGAGUUGACGAGCUCAAAGCCUGAAAAACAAAGCAUGCCCAACCAAAAGAACAAAGAGUACAUGACAAAUUCGUCAUUAACUAGGAUAAAAACUCAAAACCCACUUCAAGAGGUAGAUAAAAUAAUAUCAGGGGCACCAGCUGUCACGAGCACUCCAGCGACUGUACCGUACACUUUGUCCAGUGACAAUCCAAUGCCCAACAACAUUGCGAGUGGUCUCAUAGCCGGAUAUCCAACGUACUCGCAAGGCCAACCUAUGGCAGAAUACAUUGCAACUACUAAAUCUCACGAAAGCAUCGAACCCAGCAAUUUGAGUACAACCAAUAAACCAAUGGAAUUGCAAACAGAAGAAUAUACAGAAAAAGAUGUUGAAAAAACAACGUUGAAACCUUUAGACAUUAAGAACGAGAGUAUUACAAAUUUACCACCACCUUUGGAAUAUCCUUCCACAACCGACAACUCCAAAAUGUCCAAUCAAACCGAAGAAACGGAUGAUCAGAUAAAUGAUUCGUUCAAUCCACCUUUGGAAAAACUAAGCGACUUGAUCAACCAGUUGAACGAUUACUCGGUGGCAACGACUAUUGUUCCUAUGGAUAAUUUUGAAGCAUUUUUUAACGAUAGCAGUGCGACCCCGUUUGAAAGUUUAAACAAAACGUUCGUUGAACCCGAAGGUAGCACGUAUGUCAUGCUACCAACUUUAUCAGCGAAUUACACCACGGAACCUUUUCAAAGUAGUACAAAAUCUCUCGCAUCAAGCGCAUUGGCCGACAUCUCGAAAAAUAUCGAAACCACAACUCAAAGUAUUGUAAAAUCCGAAUCCAAUUCCACCGUCAGAUCGACAACUUUGAAAAAAAUCAUCACCGAAAAAUCUCAUACGACAUCGACGCGUGUAACAACCAAAGGGCCAAUCGAGAAAGUUCAAUCGACGAUAGACAAAUCUGCCGGUAGGAUAAACCUGGAAGAAGAAAAAAUCAAAUUGCAACAGACGAAGCCAACCGAACCCUCGAAAUUUCCCGUGAAAAAUAAAUUCCACUAUACCACAAGGAGACCUGUCAACGACGGCCACUCGAGUUAUACGAGAAAAGCGACCAAGCCUCUGAUAAAACCAAUUACAACGCCAACGACCACCACCACUGAUCGCGCGACUACCAAGUCAACGGAUGAUUCAAAGGAAAGUACCGUUAAAUGGACGCUUAUUCCUCAAAACGUGACAGCCGAGGAAUCAGGAGAACUCGUGAGUAACGCGACAAACGCCAAGGACGACAACUUGGUUCAAAAUUCGCCAAUAGUGCCUCUCGAUCCCUCGUUGGGUGAAAUCGGCCUCGACCAGAGCAACAAGGCUCUUGACAAGGAUGUGGCCGAAUUUCUAAACUUGUGCAACGAAAUAUCAUUUAAAUUCUGGAACUUGGCCAACAACGGCCUCACCUCGUCGAGAUCCGUGACGCUGUCGCCGUUCGGAAUGAUCAGCACCCUCGCCAUGAUAUUCUUUGGCGCGAGAGGUACCACGUCCAUUCAAAUGAACGACAUUUUGAAACUGGACGACGUAGUGACGUUCAAUCCUCAUUUGGUAUUCCAAAACAUCACCGACACCGUCACCCUGGCCCGAGGUCAGGGUAUCGAAAACGCCGCUUUCGUAAGGGUCCUGUUCGCCGAUAGGCUCAAGGUUCGCAGGAUAAUGCCGUUCUACAAAGAACAAGCCCAACAAUUCUACGAAGGCGCGGUUGUGGACAUCAACUUCUCCACGGCAGGUGACAUUUUGAGGAGGCGAACGAACUGGCUGAUCAGGAAGCAAACCGGCGGCAGGAUCAAGGAUUUCGUGAAGUCGCACACGGUGCCGUUGCGGUCACCGCUGACCGCCCUGUCGGCCAACGUUUUCCAAACGAGCUGCGACGGUCCGGACGCCAGUUCCGAGGGUCGGGACGGCGAGAUGUAUUUCGCCGUCGCGCAAACGGUCAAGCAGCGCAAGUUGGUGCCGAUACCGGCUGUCGUUUGGAAAUCUGGUGUGUCCGCCGGGUACGAGCCGAGCUUGGAUGCGACCGCGAUAGCGUUGGGAGACUCCAAGAGGCCCGUGUCCAUGGUCAUGGUCAUGCCGGGGCAACAAGGUGUCACGGCACCCGGGGACAAUUUGGAGAAACUCGAGAGCAGGCUUUUCGGUGGGUCCGGAGAUGCGCUGGAGAAACUGCUCAAGGUCGUCAUACCGCGAAGGGUCGAAGUUCAAAUGCCCAAGUUCAGCCAUCGGUCGAUCAUCAACGUGACGUCGGCUCUGAAGAAUAUGGGAUUCGAGCAGUUGUUUAUUAAAAAUGCCGACCUCAAGGGUAUCAAUGGAGCUGGACACGAUCUUUUCUUGGCAGACAUGAUACAGAUGAACCUGUUCUGCACGUGUGGGGAUGAAAAUAAAUUGGGCAACCGACACUUGAGCGAAACUUAUCCUGGAACAUCGUCCAGGCACACAAGGACGUGGGAAUUACUUCAUAAGAAUAACAAUAAUAGUAGUACUAGUAGUAGUAAUAAUAAUAAUAAUAAUGGGGUAUAUGAUAGUUUAGAUAAUAGGGAAUCAGACAAUUCCGAAACUAGUGAAUGUGAUUCUGAAGAUUCCGAAGCCAAGUCGAGUUCAGAAAACUCGAGCAAUGACGGAGUGAGUCAACAACCCGGAAAACCGGACCUUGACAGAGUUAAUAGUUUGAGGCAAAAAAUGGACAAGAAAAGGAUACGAUGGUUUAUGCCGUCAGGACGGAGACGAUGUCGAAAUCGUAGACAAACCGAGCCUGAAAAAUCGAGAAUGAAGGUAGACAAGCCUUUCUUGUACUUAAUAAGACACAAUCUCUCUGGACUGAUACUUCACAUAGGUCGAUUCAAUCCCAAGAGUCAAUCUUAA